AUGGAGCCACAGCGGGCGAAAGUGCGGGUCACUGGGGUGGUGAAGAAGCCUCCCGCCGCCGCCCCGGCUGCCCCGUCUGCGGAGGCCUGGUCCACUCCCCAGCGGGGCUUCUCCACCGGCUCUCCGGUGCCUGCGGAGAAGGAGGGCGCACGGGUGGUGAACACCCAGGUGAACCGCGUGCCGAAGGUGCUGGUGCACGGCCAGCACUCCGAGAGCGGCGCCUCCAUCGCCACCCGCGAGCCCUCGCCGCCUGGGAACUCCUCACCCGAAGUGAUCCGCAAAAGGCCCAUCUCGGCGCACUCGAAGGUGGUAGUGCGCUCCAGGUCCAAGUCGGUGGAUGCGCACGCGCACGCGGCGGCGACAGGGCAGGAGCUAGCUUCAAAGCCGGACGAGGGCGAACUCGCCAAGCUCCGCACAGAGAACCAGCUACUGCGGACGCAGUUGCAGCAGGGCAUGGAGCAGUCCAGAAGUGUGGCGGCCGAGAAGAUGGUUUUGCAGGCCGAGAAGGACGGCCUGGAGUCCAGGUUCGCGAAGCUGGAGAGCCAGCUGGCGGCGCAGCAGCGCGAGCGGGAGGAGCUCUUAGAGGCCCAGAGCGGGCUGCGAGAGGAGAAGGAGGCCCUCGCCGCCAGGUGCCAGGCCUUAGAGCGGCAGCUGGCCCGCCGCGACAGCGAGUCCCGAAAAGUGGGCUGGGCGGAGAGCACCACGCUGGCGGUGCCGAACGCGGCGAACGCGCCGAACGAUCGCCCGACCACGGGGAACUCCAUGGCUUCUGGCACCAUCGUGAACUCCUGCCUCAGCUUUGAAUCUGCGGCCUCGCACGCCUCUUUGAUCUAUUGCAGCAGCCCCAACUCCUUGAGGUCCGUGGCCGAGUGGGUCUUCCCCUUGCAGAACCGGAUCCUCCCACCCGAGAAGACCUACGACCGACAGCUUCUGGCCCCGAGCGACCCGCGGCGGCAGUGGCUGGAGGAGUACAUCCAGGGCUCAUUGAUGUCUCACCGGAAGACCUACGACUCGGAGGAGUGGUGCUCGCCUCCGCAGAUCGAGAUCAUCCGGGUGUCGGAGGUCUUCAACCCCAUUGUGAACAACGCCUUUUACCAGCAGCUCAACCAAAUGACGGAGGUCUGGGGCACGGACCGGCAGCCAGUGCCGGAGCUGCACCGCGCCAUCCCCAUCCGCACCGCCUGGGACCAGAGCCGCAUGAACGAGGUUCUGCUCUUCCAUGGAUGCAAGUGGGAUUCCCUCUUUGGCAUCCUGCGCGAGGGCUUCGACCCGCGGCUCGGGGGGAUCAACACCGGGGCGGCCUUUGGCAUCGGCUGCUACUUCACCACGGCCGGGCGUCGGACGUCGGACGUCGGAAGUCGGAAGUCGGAAGUCGGAAGUCGGAAGUCGGACGCCUCUCAGAGAUGA